UGAGAUGAUAAUAUAGAGGACGGAGCAGUCGUGUCCCUGGACUGGUGAAGUGGAGCUGCGGAGGGGGCGGGGCUGCGCUCCAUAUAAGGAUUAAUCCAAUGACUAAGCUGCCUCCGCCUCCUGUCUCUAGUGCACAGAUGAAGCUGAGCUGUGCAGUGUGUGCUGCUGCAGCUGUCACAGCAAGAUGCCAGCUGAGAAGGGGCAGGUGUACGUGGUGACGGGGGGCUGCGGGUUCCUGGGGUCCCACCUGGUGCGGAUGUUGGCGGAGCGCUCCAGGAACGUGGCGGAGAUUCGAGUAUUUGACCUUCACCUGGACGAGACCCUCAGGACGCUCAGCACCGACCAGGUGAAGCUCACGCUGAUCCAGGGUGAUAUCUCCUCUCCGGAGGACGUCCGAGCUGCCCUCGUCGGUGGCGAUGUGGUCAUACACACAGCCAGCUUGGUGGACGUCUGGGGUCGUGUCCCGGCCAGCAAGGUCACGAAGGUCAACGUGACAGGAACAGAGAACGUGCUGAGAGUAUGUGAGGAGGAAGGGAUCCAGUAUCUGGUCUACACCAGCAGUAUGGAGGUCGUGGGGCCCAAUAUACAUGGGGAUCCCUUCUACAGGGGUAACGAAGACACAGAAUAUAACAUCUACCAUGACCAACCGUACCCGCUGAGCAAGUCCAAAGCCGAGAAAAUGGUGCUGGCGGCUAACGGGAAAAAGAUAAAUGGCGGGAAGAUCCUUUACACCUGUUCGCUGCGUCCCACAGGGAUCUACGGCGAGGGACACGAGCUGAUGAGGCAGUUUUAUAAGCAGGGGCUGAGGACUGGGCGUCGGGUGUUCCGAGCCAUUCCUCCAUCUACAGAACACGGCAGAGUUUACGUCGGUAACGUGGCCUGGAUGCAUCUCCUCGCUGCCCACCAUCUGCAGGAACGCCCUUCUGCUCUGGGCGGACAGGUCUAUUUCUGCUACGACCACUCUCCAUAUAAAAGCUACGAAGACUUUAACAUGGAGUUCCUGUCGGCCUGUGGGUUUCGGAUGAUCUCGUCUCGCCCCCUGGUGCCUUACUUCCUUCUCUAUUUGAUCGCCCUGCUUAAUUCACUUCUUCAAUGGCUUCUCCAUCCGUUCUGCAUCUACGCCCCUAUACUCAACCCGUACACCCUGGCGGUGGCCAGCACCACAUUUACGGUGCAGACGGACAAGGCGGAGAGACACUUUGGUUACAAGCCGCUGUUCAGCUGGGAGGAGAGCAAGCGUCAUACGGUGGCCUGGGUGAAGAGCUUCGAGGAGGGUGAAAAGAGCAGAUGACACCGACCAUAACUAGGUGUCACCAGGCAUUCACAACACAUCACAGAUCCACCAUUCUACAUAGUCUUAUUCAAGUGGAACAUAUUACAGGUUACAAGAGUCAUGAAACUCGUCUGCACAUUGUGUAGAACCAUCUCAAGGUUGCCAAAUCUACCACUUAUAUUUAAUAAGGCAGAUACAUUCCAUUAUAUUUCACCAUAAACUAGGCAACACCUAAUGGUGACAUCCAUUCUCUCACACUUACGAAGGUGAACAAACAACUUAAGUACAAUAAUCUGUAGACACAGAUCCCACAUCCAUCUCUGAGGAUUAUUGAAUGUUAGAUAACCUUGUAAUUUAGUUAAAUUACUGCGAAGUCGAUUCCAAAAACUGCAGGAACCGUGAGGAUAAAAAGGAGUCAACUUCCAAGAAAAAAUCAUUAAACACAAUAAGUUGCACUACCACUCAUAACCUAUAGGUGGAGUUUUGCUCUCUAUGAUUUAUUUUCUCAUUACAUCACCUACAGGUUGGGAUCAGUACUACAUAAGCUACAUUAAUAUUCAUCCAAGUCCUCUUUUGAUACAUUAAUAUUCAUCCAAGUCCCACAUUUUAAUAAUAUAAAAAAAAAGGUUUAGAAUCGCCCCCUCAAACCCCCAAAACCCCUCCUCAUUGUUCCGUAAUUAUGUUUACAUCCAUCGAUUCUAUGUUAUAAUUGUAUAUUUUAUAUCGUGCUUAAUAUUUUUAUAAUGAAUGUAGAAAGAAGUCAGAUGAAUUUAGUUCCUUAUAUUGCUGCUAUCGUGAUGCUUAGUAUAAGGUAAAAAAUGCAAUAUCUAAUUUAUAAUGCACACACAAAGUUGGCGAACCAGGCGGGAUGUCCAUAUAUACUCCUAUAGGUAGGCAAGCUUUAUGAUAGACUCAUUGUUUUUUGGAGGCUAACUCUUAUUCGCUGAUCAAGAUAUUGCCCCCCCCCCCCCCUAUGAUCUGCUGACCAGGGAAGGCACCUGGCAUCAGAGCAUUACCUUUGUAGUAUUCAUAAAUACAUCCUUCAUUUAUAAUGCAGACAAAAGUUGGCGAACCAGGCGGGAUGCCCAUGUAAAUUCCUAUAGGUAGCCAGGCUCUAUGUUAGACUAGUAUUAAAGGGGUUGUCUUUAGAGGCAACUCUUAUUCGCUGUUCAAGGGGUGUCCCUCCCUAUGAUCUACGACCAGGGUAGGCACCUGGCAUCAGACUCUUACCUUUGUAGUAUUCAUAAAACCAAUAGGUGUCUGUGUAAUGCAGUGGUCUCAAUCUGUGGCACUCUAGAUGUUGCAAAACUCCAACUCCCUGCAUGCCCGGACAGCCGUUGGCUGUCCGGGCAUGCAGGGAGUUGGAGUUUUGCAACAAUCUUUGCCCUAUCGGUUGUUGGGUGCCUUCAGUUGGUGCACAUUGGCUGUUCGGGCAUGCUGGGAUUUGGAGUUUUGCAACAUCUAGAGUGCCACAGUUUGAGACCACUGGUGUAAUGCAAUGGGGUCCUCCAGAGUUAGCGUUUUGGCCUAUAGAGGGGGGUCCUGAUGAUGGGAACCCUACUAGACCUUAGUAUUGAGGGGUUGCCCAAAUAGGAAAAGCCCAAAGUAUGAGAGAGGUAGGGCCAGGUAUUAUGGACAUGACAGAAUAAAAUAUAAAGGGGGAGGGGCUUUAUCAGAGGUGAGGGAGGCCCCAAAUAGUUGGAUUAAGAAAGUGAAGUGACCCUGUAGCUCUUGUGCCGGAAUAGUAUUCAAUAGGUUAAAGUAAGUGUUCAGCCCCGACCAAGAGAUCCUACAAUGGAUUGGGGGCGAUCUUCUGAUAAGGGACCAAUGGAGGAGGAAGACACACGUUUACAACUGCAAAUAGUAUAGUACAUACUUACAGCAAUAAAAAAAUAGUGCAAUAAUUUAUGUUAAUUUAUUAAUAUUAAUUUUAGAAUUGUAAUUAAUAAAUUACUGUGAUGA